CCCCCACCGCGGAUGCCGCGCAGGAAGAGGAAUGCAGGCAGUAGUUCAGAUGGAACCGAAGACUCCGAUUUCUCUACAGAUCCUGAGCACACGGACAGCUCUGAAAGCGAUGGCACAUCUCGACGAUCCGCCCGCGUGACCCGUUCCUCAGCCAGGCUCAGUCAGAGCUCUCAGGAUUCCAGCCCAGUUCGUAAUCCACCAUCCUUUGGCACAGAGGAGCCUGCCUAUUCUACGAGGAGGGUGACCCGCAGUCAACAACAGCCCACUCCUGUGACUCCAAAAAAAUAUCCUCUCCGACAGACCCGCUCAUCUGGCUCGGAAACAGAGCAAGUGGUUGACUUCUCUGAUAGAGAUACUAAAAAUGCAGUGGAUCAUGACGAGUCUCCACCACGCACCCCAACUGGGAACGCCCCUUCUUCAGAGUCUGACAUAGAUAUAUCCAGUCCAAAUGUGUCCCAUGAUGAGAGCAUUGCCAAGGACAUGUCCAUGAAGGAUUCGGGAAGUGACCUGUCUCACCGUCCCAAGCGCCGCCGUUUCCAUGAAAGCUACAACUUCAACAUGAAGUGUCCCACUCCUGGUUGCAACUCCCUAGGGCACCUUACAGGAAAGCAUGAGAGACACUUCUCCAUCUCAGGAUGUCCACUAUAUCAUAAUCUGUCAGCAGAUGAGUGCAAGGUGAGAGCACAGAGCCGAGAUAAACAGAUCGAGGAGAGGAUGCUGUCCCACAGACAGGACGACAACAACAGGCAUGCCACCAGACAUCAGGCACCAACAGAGAGACAGCUGCGGUACAAAGAGAAAGUAGCAGAGCUGAGGAAGAAAAGGAAUGCGGGAUUAACCAAGGAACAGAAAGAAAAGUACAUGGAACACCGACAAACCUAUGGCAACACUAGGGAACCCCUAUUGGAAAACCUUACUAGCGAGUAUGACCUAGAGCUUUUCCGAAGAGCACAAGCACGGGCCUCUGAAGACCUGGAGAAGUUGCGGCUUCAGGGCCAGAUCACAGAAGGCAGCAACAUGAUUAAAACAAUUGCCUUUGGCCGCUAUGAGCUGGACACCUGGUAUCAUUCUCCCUACCCAGAAGAGUAUGCUCGGUUGGGGCGCCUCUACAUGUGUGAGUUCUGUCUCAAGUACAUGAAGAGUCAGACAAUACUACGCAGACACAUGGCAAAAUGUGUCUGGAAACAUCCGCCAGGGGAUGAAAUUUACCGCAAAGGCUCUAUUUCUGUGUUUGAAGUAGAUGGGAAAAAGAAUAAGAUCUACUGCCAAAAUCUGUGCCUGCUGGCAAAGCUUUUCUUGGACCAUAAGACUCUGUAUUAUGAUGUCGAGCCUUUCCUCUUCUACGUCAUGACUGAAGCUGACAACACUGGCUGCCACCUGAUAGGGUAUUUCUCCAAGGAGAAGAAUUCUUUCCUCAACUACAAUGUGUCUUGUAUCCUGACUAUGCCCCAGUAUAUGAGGCAGGGUUAUGGCAAAAUGCUCAUUGACUUCAGUUAUUUACUCUCCAAAGUGGAAGAAAAAGUCGGUUCUCCAGAACGGCCAUUGUCUGACUUGGGUCUUAUCAGCUACCGUAGUUACUGGAAGGAAGUUCUUCUUCGUUAUCUGCAUAAUUUCCAAGGCAAAGAGAUCUCUAUCAAAGAAAUCAGCCAGGAGACUGCAGUGAACCCUGUUGAUAUUGUUAGUACUCUGCAGGCACUUCAGAUGCUCAAGUACUGGAAGGGAAAACACCUGGUCUUAAAGAGACAGGAUCUGAUUGACGAGUGGAUAGCCAAAGAGGCAAAAAGAUCAAACACCAAUAAGACAAUGGAUCCCAGUUGUUUGAAAUGGACCCCUCCCAAGGGAACUUAACUGGCCAUCACCCCUGAAGCCAGUGAAGAACCCCAGCAGUAGGAAGUACCCUAGGGAUCUCUGUUGUAUCUGUUGCUGUUGUGAUUGGCUGGUACAGUACCCUCCAGGAAGAUCAGUUCCCCUUGGUACUGUUCUGGCCCAGAUCUUUUGCGCACACCACAGACGCUGGUUCUGAGGAACUUUAUGUUUCGGCCUCAAUGAGGUUGCAAGGAUUGGAUCUGUAUAGGACCCAAAUGAAGCUCCUAGCAGCACUGGCCCAAGGAGUUCUGAUAUCUGGUACUGUACCUGUCCAGUCACUGGUCCUACCUUCAUGUUCUUACUCCAAUGAGGUUGUGUUGUGUCCUAUAAUCUGUUCGUGUUCCUUUCUACAGGCACUCUGCUUUCUAAGUCACAGACGGGACAGCUUCUGUGGCCUUUGAACGAGGUCUAUUAGUCUGUUCUCCAAAUUCUGUUCAUGUUUUGUUUGGGAGAAGCAUUGUAAUUCUACACUUAAGCAGGUUCCCAGCGUGUUGCCAGUAUAUUGUCUUUAGCAUUGUUAUAACUAACCUGUGUAUCAGUUAGUUUCAGUAAGACCGCAUGACGUCUCUUUAAAGAGCGCACAUAAUAUACCAGGUCUCCGUGUAACAAAAACUGACUGCUAAUAUUGUACGCUCAGACUUGCACCUGUCAGUGAGUGGUGUGGUCACUGGUGUUACCCUGGAAGAGUCAAGUUUAAUAGUGUGGGUGCAUUUGAUAUACUGUUAAAAAAUAACCCUUUUGGGUGCAGCAGGCUCUCCUGAGGUUACUACAAAGGCAUGGCAGCUAGACAGGCCUCUUAAGUCAGAUGUCAUUGGUUCCCUCUUGCUGGAGUUGGUGGUUUCCUUUACACAUACACUAAACUUGUUCCUGUAUUUCAGCUUAGUUGGUUUCCUAAAAUAAUUUUCAAUUGUAGCUCUUUGGAAGGAUUCUAUAUUAAAGGAAUACUAUUACUGAUUUCAAGUGAAUUUGAUAACCUUGUCCAAACAGCCACAGAAACUCUAUAAAGCAAUAUCAAUAGUUGUUAGAUUGUCUAAAGCAUACAUUCUGCACAUCAGCAGCGGCUCCAGCUAGCUGGGUGGAUGGUUGCUUCUCUGUUGACAGAACUUCCUGUCUGUUCUUGUAGCACAACAGUGACCCACGCACAUGUCCCUCUACUACCAAACAAAACCUCCAUAAAAUGGCUUUCAAAUAUAACCACUGUCCUUGUGCUGUGAGUUUCCUGUUUCUCUCAUACCAGGGGAGAAGUAUGAGGUGAGUGAUAGCUGCAGUUAGAUCUUUCCUAUGGCUUCCUGUUGUGUGGUGUCUGAAAUGAAGCUCUUACCAUGCACUGGUAAGGAAGGGCAAUUUCUUGUUAAUCACUGACCAUUCCCAGUAUGGAGAAGUUCUCUGUGGGCCCUUUCAUGGUGGGUUGUGUCUUUUUCUUUGCCUCCCUAAAUAAAUGGAUCUCAGAUCAAGAUGUAUAUCCUUGUGGGCAUUACUAAGGAUUGCUGUCAAGUGCCCUUGGAUCUUGUGUUGUAGCUGAAGAUAAAAUCUUGGAACCAUCUGGCAGGGUGGAAACUCUUGGGAAUGGGGAAGAAGGCCAGUCAUGUACAAAAACUAAACCCUGUUUCCCUUGAUGUGGUAGAAUGUGCUAUUCCUGUAUCUACUUCUCAAUAAAGCAUGUUCUCUGCUCAA